UGUUGCAGCUCCUCCUGGAUCUCCUGGCCCCUGGCAUUCCUCCUGCAGGGAGUCUUUGACGAACUGGUCGACGAACCUGUCCUUCCCGUCAGGUUCCGGAACUGGAAUACAACACUGCGGCUAAAGGGGACGUCACCAUCAAGAAUUGUGGAAAAGAUAGUGGAGCGUCGGUCGCCUCAGCCCUCCCCCAGUACCUCCCCACUGCCACCGGAGACCAACCUGGGCCCCUGCUGCCAAGCCCAUACCAUCCACCAGCGCUCUCCCGUCCGACAGAAAUGCAAAGGCCACAGUGCCGUUCAGUGCUCCUGGUGUGACGACUACAAGGUUUCCCCGACAGGAGGCAGCAGUAGUAGCCGUAGCUCUUCGCCAAAGACUAAUGGCAAGAGCUAAGAACCUGAAUGUUUGAGAUACAACGACCUUCGACUUCUUGAAACUCUGUCGCAGCUAAAGCAGCUUUAACGAUCCCUUCUGUAAGUCUGUGUGCUGGCGUGGUUGUGCUAAAUGUCUCAAGAUCCCCCUUUUCAGGGGAGCUGUUCCGCCUUUUCUGGAAGUGGGUCCUUCUCCUGGGAGUAGGAGCUCCUGCUCCUUGGAGUAGAACCGCCUUCUCUUGGGAGUAGGAUGUCUACCUCCUCAUGGGAGUACGAACUCUUCAUUCUGUAAGACUGGUCCUCCUUCAGGAAUGAGAUCAUCCUCCAAGGAUAUGGCUCUCUUCCAAUGACGGGACCCUCCUCUAAGGAUGAGACCCCUCUUAUCCUUGGAGGCUGCUCCAAGGAUAAGGUCCUGUUCCAAGGAUAGGAUUUUAGGGAUCUGACGUCUCGCUAUCCCAUGAGGAAUUCAUGUGGCUUUUCACUAUUUUGUGUUUUGAGAUAUUUCGUGAAUGCAAAUGUGUGGAUCAGUUUAAUAUGUUGCAAUUGUUAUAUAUAUAUUAUAUAUAAAUAUAUAUACAUAUAUAUUAAUUAUAAAUUAGUUCCCAUAGAGCAUAAUUUAUUUUCUUAUUCAUAUACCAUAUAUAAAUAUAUAUAUAUAGGUCAGGAAAUUCAUGUAUAAACAUAUGCAAUGUACUUUGGGCUUCCUUAAACGCAGUGAUAAAAUGGUUCCAAACAGCCUGAUGACACGAGGCGCUGAAAGUUGUUUUGUCAGGCUGAGAUGAACUUCAGUAACUUGCUAGGGAGGAGGUUGAUGUCAGGCUUUCACCCAAAUGGUGUGUGUUUUCAUCGGCUAUUGUAUGCUACCUGCUUGAUGGGGUUCUGGGAGUUCUACUUCCCAAGCCCGGCCCAAGGCCAGAUUGGACUUGUGAGAGUUUGGUCCACUAGGCUGAUGCUUGGAGCGGCCCGUAUGAUUUGAAUACUAAUGACUAUUGUGUGGGGAGAGAUGCAUACCUGUGGGAUUAAAGUGGGAAUGAUAGCUGUCAUUCAGAGGGAAUGAUAGGCUAUACCAAAGGAGGUAAUGCCACCCUAUACCAAAGUAGGUACUGAUAGCCUAUACCAAAGUAGGUAAUGAAAGCACAUUUAUAAUUGAAAAUCUCAUCUUUAAUAAACCGUAUCUCAACAAGGUUUACGUACGCGUGAAAAAGACACAUAAGUCAUUAAUAUUGAGUAUUCAAACCAUAAACCAGUGCCUAGGCUCAUCUGAAAAGUUAAAUUUAUAAUUUUCCAAAUUGUUGUCACAUAAAAUUAUUGACAUUUAUUGUUUAGCCAAAAAAUUCUAAGAAGACCAUUAAAAUA